CCUUGAGAGAGUUUUAAGGAGUUCCUCUCUUAUGAAAUUGUGUGCUGUAACGUUGGUAACAAUUUUUCCCACAAUAAUGUUUGACUGGUAGGAAGUCCUCAUGAACUGUUCUUUACCAGCUAGCUGAACCUUAUCAAAUCUUUUAUCCGAACCACUCCAUUAAUAUGUCCAGUUUCUUGCAUAAAGUUUUUAGCAAUUAUAGCUGUUCUGAUGGAUUUUACGUGGACAGAGAAGGCUGUAAAACGUUAUUUAUCGAACUUUAUGGAAGGAAGCCGAAUAAGGAAGAGACGAAAUGUAUUUUAUCAUUUUUUGAAUCAAAUCCCGAUGGUGAGCCAAUUGGUCUAACAUUUUCCGGUUUUCUUUCUUCUAUCCAAAUGCUUCAGAAUAACCUUCCACAUAUUGACAAACACAAUAGAUUAUCAUUUGAUUGUUUAGAUCUAGAUUCAAAGGACUUUGUUAUGAUAAAUGAUUUACACAAAAUAUGGAGUAGAUACUUACCAUCUUUACCAUCUGGUCUACUGCGUACUAUUUUCAGAGAGUUUGACCAAGAUUGUGACGGUCGAGUUUCAUAUGAAGAUUAUCUACAUACUACAAAGUCCAUUAUUUUGUAUGAAGAGAAAUAAGUUUGUAAUUGUACACUUCUUCUUUCAGUUGUAGUAAUAUGUAAUCAGUCUACGGAAAGUGACUGAAAUGGAAUAUUUCAAUGACUUCAAAGAACUUAUCAUACAAUUGAUUCUGAUUGUAUUUCCUGCCUAUUCUGUAUAAAUAAAUGUGUGUUUACUUUUUUUUCAAAUGUUUGCUUAUUUUCAUAAUUAUUUAGAUAAAACUAAUGAUAAAAGUAACACUUGUUGUUCUUUUCUUGUAAUAUACGUUUCGCAAGUAGUUUUAGAAUAAAACAGAUAGUUCACUUUGUAGCACUUUGUUGAUUGUAACAUGUUUCUUUUUUUUUUUUAAAAAAAACAAGCGUUUACUUGGUGUUACAGAUUAAUAAUAAACAAUGGUUAAAGUUUUUUUGAA